CCUGCUCCCCUUACUCUUGGUCUGGAAGGGCUGGCUGAGGAAAUCAAGGAUGAAGCUCCUUUUUGUAGCCGCCUUUGCACUCUUUGUGCUCUCUACAUUUGACAGUGCUGAAUCCUCGGCUUAUGACAAAAUAGUUGCUCACAGUCGCAUAAGGGCCAGAAAAGAAGGACCCAAUGUCUGCGCACUCCAGCAAGUCAUGGGGACCAAGAAAAAGUACUUUAGUACUUGUCGUAACUGGUACCAAGGGGCCAUCUGUGGAAAGAAAGCGACGGUGCUGUAUGAGUGCUGCCCGGGAUACGUGAAGAUGGAUGGCAUGCGCGGCUGCCCUGCAGUUGCCCCGAUUGACCACGUCUAUGGCAGUUUGGCUAUAGUGAAAGCCACUUCAACCCAAAACUACGCUGACAUUUCCAAGCUGAGACCUGAAAUCGAGGGACCAGGAUCCUUCACUUUCUUUGCUCCUAGCAAUGACGCCUGGGAACUUUUGGAUGAGACAAUGAGGAGCGCGCUGGUCAGCAACGUCAACAUUGAACUGUACAACGCUCUUCACUAUCACAUGACUAACAAACGCUUCUUGACCAAAGACUUAAAGAACGGAAUGACUGUAACUUCCAUGUACAAUGACCUUGGUCUCCUUAUUAACCAUUACCCCAAUGGGGUGGUGACAGUGAACUGCGCCAGGAUUAUCUAUGGCAACCAGAUUGCCACCAACGGAGUGGUACAUGUCAUUGAUCGUGUCAUCAGUGGUGUUGGAAACACCAUCCAAAAUGUCCUUGAUGUUGAUGAUGACUUGACAACUCUGAGUGAUCUGGUUCAAACCGCUGGACUGGCAGAGAAACUUGGGGAACCAGGACAUUACACUCUCUUUGCUCCCACCAAUGAUGCCUUCGACAAACUCGAUAGCGACAUGCUGGAAAGAUUUCAGAGCAACAAAGACGUCCUUAAAGCUCUUCUGAGUUACCACCUCCUGAACUCGGUUCAGUGCUCUGAGGCCAUCAUGGCGGGCAGCUCUCACGAAACCCUGGAGGGCCACAACAUUGAGAUCGGCUGUGAUGGAGAAAGUUUGACAGUUAACGGCAUCAAAAUGGUGCUGAAGAAGGACAUUGUUACCUCCAAUGGAGUCAUCCACCUCAUUGACCAAGUACUCAUUCCAGACUCAGCUAAGCAGGUAACAGAACUGUUGGGAACUUCCCAGUCAACCUUCGGUGACAUGGUUUCCGAGCUGGGCCUUUCCGCUGCUAUGAGACCCGGGAUUGAGUACUCUUUUCUGGCUCCCCACAAUGCUGUCUUCACUGAUGAAGUGAUGUCCAUUGAUCAGAGUGAUCUCAAGCUUAUCCUGGAGAACCACAUCUUCAAGAAUAAGAUCGUCCUGCGAGAAAUGUACAAUGGACAGAUGCUGGAAACCAUUGCCGGAAAAUUUCUCCGGGUCUUCAUCUAUCGCACUGCUAUGUGCAUUGAGAAUGCCUGUCUGAUAAGAGGCAGUAAAGAAGGAAGCAACGGGGCCCUUCAUCUCACAAGAACUCUGUUGAAACCUGCAGAACAAUCGAUGUUUGAGAUUCUGACAGAAAAUGGAGGGUUCAAGAUCUUUUUGUCUUUGAUGGAAGCUGCUGGGUUGACCGACCUGCUCCGACAGCAGGGAGCAUUCACUCUGUUCGCCCCCAGCGACAAAGCUUUUGCUGGUUUAAGCGAAAGGGACAUGAAUUUGCUGAAGAGUGACAUAAAUGCUCUCAGGACCAUCCUCCUGUAUCACGUCACUAAUGGCAUCUUCAUCGGUGAUGGUUUGGAGCCUGGAGUAACAAACCUUUUCAAGUCUCUCCAGGGCAGCAACCUCAAAGUGAUGCUUGCAAACAACACAGUUCAGGUGAAUUCUCUCCAAGUCCCUCAAUCAGAUGCCAUGGCCACAAAUGGAGUCAUUCACUUCGUCAACCAAGUUUUGUAUCCCGCAGACAUCCCCGUUGGAAGUCAGGAACUGAUGGCGUUAUUCAGGAGGCUCAUCAGUUAUAUGCAAAUCAAGUUUAUUACAGGAUUCAGAUAUCAGGAAAUCCCCCUCACCUUUUUGACCAAGAUCAUCCAGAUGGAGCCCACCGUCACCAAGGUUACCAGGGUCAUUGAAGGUCCGCCCUCCAUCACCAAGGUUACCAGAGUCAUAGAAAGCAAGCCCUCCGUCACCAAGGUUACCAGAGUCAUAGAAGGUCCGCCCACCAUCACCAAGGUUACCAGGGUUGUCGCAGCAGGAGCUGACCUCUCAGAAUUUGGCUCCAUUGGGGGCAAUACUGAAACAUUUACCGAACCGCUCUCACGUUAUCCAAUAGGAGGUGCUACCCGGAGAGCUGGCAACAGGAGGAGAGGAAGGGACUGAUCACGGACGCAUGAGAGUACCUCCCUUGAAAAGGCAGAGAGAACGCCGAGGUUGAAACUGGUGUUUUGAUACAGGGGAUACGUCUGAAAUGUCAGUGCUUUCCAACUGACUUCAGAAAACUAUUCUCAUAAACAAUUUAAUGGUGCUUUGAAUGUAUACAGGUUCAGUAUACAGUAUGUAAACAGCUCAAAUGAACAUUUUGGCAAGACUUUAAAGAUGAAUCAAGUCAAGGCAGCGAUAAAAUCAUCUAAAUCCAUUAGGUUAGUUAUAUAUAUAUAAAAAACACUUCAGCUCUAAACUACUUAAUGCUUUUACUAGAGGUGAAGGUUAAAAUCAGGUUUUUACAAGCUGUUUGAGUAGAUUAAUAAAUGUCAGCAUGACAAUGAUUUAAAAAUAAAUGAUGUGUUUUCUGACUGUUUUUGUUCUUUUUUUUUUGUUUUUAAUUUCUCCGGCUUAAAGUCGUUUAAGGUUUCAUGUAAAUUUUAUCUAUGCUUGUAUCAUUUGGGUUGAUGUAGCUAAAUGCAAGUAUUCCCUUUUUUAUUUUGUUUUUUAAACAUCAUCCAUUAAAGUGCUUUUUGUUGAGA